AUGGUUACCAUACAUCUGUCCGUCUUCUGUUAUCUCUUGUCUGUGGUUUCUAUCACCUGUGCCUCAGUUGAAGAGGAGAAUCCAGAGUUCUGGAGGAGUCUAGCUCAGGACACACUGCGUUCAUCACUGUUACGCACACUCAACACUAACGUCGCCAAAAAUGUUGUGCUGUUUCUGGGAGACGGUAUGGGUGUGACCACCAUCACAGCCGCUCGUAUCCUGAAGGGUCAGUUACAGAACCGCACGGGUGAAGAGACCGUCAUGAACAUGGACACAUUCCCGUAUGUGGGUCUCGCAAAGACGUAUUCAGUGGAUUUUCAGAUAGCUGACAGUGCGUCCACCGCUACAGCGUAUCUGUGUGGAGUAAAAACCAAUCUGAAUGUUGUGGGUGUGAGCGCGGCCGCUCGUAACGGCGUCUGCAGCUCACAGAAGGGAAAUGAAGUCACGUCCAUCCUCAAAUGGGCUAAAGAUGCAGGUAAGUCUGUCGGCAUAGUAACGACAACACGCGUUCAACACGCCACACCGGCUGCUUCAUACGCUCACAGUGCCAGCCGCACAUGGUACAGCGACGCUGAUCUGCCGUCUGCCGCCGUCACUGAUGGUUGUGUGGACAUCGCCGUCCAGCUGAUCUCAAACACAGACAUCGACGUGAUCAUCGGCGGCGGGCGGAAAUACAUGACCCCCAAAGGGUUUCCUGACCCGGAGUAUCCCACCGAUGUGAGCGCUCAGGGCCAGAGAAAAGAUCAGCGACACCUCAUCCAUGAGUGGCUGAACAUGAAGCAGGAGAAGGUGGCCAGAUAUGUGUGGAAUAAAACAGACUUUGAUGCUGUGGACCCAGAAAAAACUGAUUACUUAAUGGCUCUCUUUGAGCCGGGCGAUCUGAGGUUUGAUGUAGAGAGAGACAGUCGCAUGGAUCCCUCCAUCGCCGAGACCGCAGAGAAAGCCAUUCAGAUCCUGAAGAAAAAUCCCAACGGAUUCUUCCUGCUGGUGGAGGGUGGACGUAUUGAUCAGGCACACCAUGACAGUCGAGCAUCGAUGGCGCUGCAUGAGGCGGUCGCUCUUGACAACGCUGUUGCCCGGGCGCUCGAGCUGACCAAUGAGAACGAGACUUUGACGAUCGUCACGGCUGACCACUCCCACGCCUUUACCUUUAACGGCUAUCCGUUCCGGGGGAACAGCAUUCUGGGUAAAUCUCCCAUCUUCGCUCUGGAUUUUUUACCCUACACCACACUGAUGUACGGAAACGGCCCGGGACACAAGAUCGUAAACAACAAGCGUCCAGACAUCCGCAAAGUUGACACCAAGAGUAAAGAUUAUGUUCAGCAGUCAGCCGCUCCUCUGGACUCAGAGACUCAUGGGGGUGAAGACGUGGCUCUGUUGGCUCGCGGUCCCAUGGCUCAUCUCUUCCAGGGUGUUUAUGAGCAGAGUUACAUCGCACACGCCAUGGCCUACGCCGCCUGCGUCGGUGCCAAUCAACAACACUGUGCUGCAGUCCAACCCACACUUAAAGACCCUGGAAACUCCGCCUCCGACACGCCCCUCUGGACUGUGAUGUCACUAACGUUGAGUGUGAUGACGGCCGGUCUGAUGCACUGAGAUAACAUUUUACAUUUUAACAUUUAUGCAUUUGGCAGAUGCUUUUAUCCAAAGUGUCUUACAUUGCAUUAUCCUAUACAUUAACACAUAGGUAUGUGCAAUCCCCUGGGAUCAAACCCACAACCUUGUGUUGUGAACACAAUGCUCUUACCACUGAGCUACAGGAAAGCAGAGAUCUGAUUUGCCAGAA